AUGCCCUGCUACCACUUUUCGUGUAAUCGGUACAGAGUGACGGGGCUGGAGCCAGACUUCCUUAAACCGCUGGAGAACGUAACGAUCCCGCAAGGGCGAGACGCUACCUUUACCUGCGUCGUGAACAACCUCGGAGGAUACCGGGUGGCGUGGAUCAAGGCGAACACCAAGGCGGUCCUGGCCAUCCACGAGCACGUCAUCACCAACAAUGCCAGACUGUCCGUCACCCACAGCGACUUCAACACGUGGACGCUCAACAUCAAGGGCGCCAUGCCCGAGGACAGGGGCGUUUAUAUGUGCCAGGUCAACACCGACCCCAUGAAAAGUCAGAGUGCCUAUCUAGAGGUAGUGAUACCACCGGAUAUCAUAUCCGAGGAGACGUCCGGUGACCUGAUGGUACCCGAGGGUGGAUCGGCGAAGCUGGUUUGUAGAGCGAGAGGAUAUCCCACACCGGAAAUCCAAUGGCGUCGGGAGGAUGGCGGCGACAUCAUCGCUAGGACUGGGGUCAACGGUGGCAAGACCAGAAUGGCUGUCGCGGAAGGCGAAGUCCUGAUCUUGUCCAAAGUGACGAGGAGCGAAAUGGGCGUGUACCUCUGCAUUGCCAGCAACGGCGUGCCACCGUCGGUUAGCAAGCGGAUGAUGCUCCGAGUACACUUUCAUCCGAUGAUCGAAGUGCCGAAUCAACUGGUAGGGGCCCCAACGAAAACAAACGUUAGCUUGGUCUGCAAAGUGGAGGCAUCUCCCAAGGCCAUCAACUAUUGGACACGCGAGUCAGGAGAGAUGAUCAUCAGCAAUGACAAGUACUACAUGAAGGAAGUGACGAAAUCGUCCUACAGCGUGGAGAUGUGCCUGAUCAUUAGGAACUUCCACUCUCACGACUUGGGGGGCUACAAGUGCAUUUCGAAAAACUCCAUAGGCGAAGCCGAAGGCAACAUACGACUUUACGAUAUGGACUUACCGAAGCAAUCAAAGAAAGAUGGCAGUCGAAAUGGCGGAGACGACGCAAUGGAGAACGGCGACCGGGAUCAUGGUCACAGGUUGAACCACGUGUACCAGGGUCCCCUGAGAGAAACGGGAUCGACCCCGCAGACGCCCCACGAUAGGGACACCUCGGCUGCAACGGGGAUAUCGUUAGACAGGACGCAGCCUUUCGUCAUCUGCAUCCUGCUUCUGGGGUCCUAUCGCCUAACCGUGUACUCGUAAGUACUGGCCGACCUGAGCACCUCGAACAAAAGAGUAGCAUAUUCGCGAUCCGUGGAGUCGACCUCGGCGACUUGGACUCUGGCACCCUGGAGAACAGACGUCGGCUCCUGGGCUUGAAUCCUGGACUCGGUACCAGAACAGGAUUCCAGAUCUUGGCUCGAAAACUGGUCCUAAGGUGUGUCCGAUAGACCUGCAGGAAGUGGACGUUCAUCGCCUUGACUGGACUUCCUACAUCGAAGCUUAUCGGUCAUAGUCUCGGGACGAGAUCCUUCGAAAUCUUUCCAAAGAGACCGGAUAGUAGGCGAUGACGUUCUCCAACGAGAAGCUCGUUCGAUCGGUAACGGGAAGUCUGCACCUCUUGAAGUGAAUCCAAAUGGACCCCCGUUAAGGAAAGGACGAUGAAAGCUAAACACUGAUUUCUGUUGGAACUUUCUAAAUUGGCCCAGAUAGAAAAUGACAAUGAUCCGGAGUUCUGGUUAUCCCAGCGGUCAGCUUCGAGAGUCCGAGAUGCCCAUUUCAGCCUCGCGGGGCCAAACAACUUCGAAGACGGACAUGCUCGAGGAACGGUGCUCCUCGUGACAGCUAUAGCUACAGCUAUAACUACGCUUUACUGUUGUACAUAUGUAUACCGUUCCCUCGGCUUAAUUGCGGCAGCUGAAUUGGGAAAGGCGCGGAACGCUGAAACGACGUUGAUGUACUCCCCGGAACUGAUCGGAAACGAACAGCGAACAACUAGACUUCUUCCGACCCUCUAGUGAAUGCACUUCCUACGUGUAUAUACACUACCAUUCAGCGUCUCCCUUUACUUUGUCCCAUUUCCCCACAAAUUACCCGCUGCAACGGUGCAGGGAAUAGGAGUUACCGGAGAUGUAAUUCUUUUUCUCGGUAUUAACCGAACUUUUGUAAGUAAACAUCGGUGAUCAACGAUCGCGGAUAGGGUGUCCGGUAAAUGUCUGACCACCGGAAUUGGUGGAAGGGAAACGAGGGAUCCUUGGCCCACGGUCUUUGCCAUCGGCACAGUGGUCAGUCCUCGUGUACAAUAGUCGUUCCUAGCGUUCGUUCCCACUUCGGCUGGAUCAGUCCCGCUACCAAGUGAUUUUCUUUCUUUUUCGUGAACCGAGUCUACGGAGACGGCGAAUUCGACGGCGUCUGGAUGUCCCAUCGGAGCUAUGAGCUCCCGAAAGGGGCUCUUUUUGGGAGCCUGAACGAAAUUGAGCUCCCGAGAUCGGGUCUCCUUUCGACUCGUGCUCUCGAUCGAGGUUCGUUCCUCGCGAAGAUCGCCGCUACGUGUACCGAGUUCAUGAACUGCGAGAUGGAGAGAGAUGUAAAUAAGUAAUGCGCGAUGGCAGGCAGAAAAGGCGUAGACGCAGAGAGCGCUUCAAGCAAGACGAGUACUCGAAGCUCGAGUUCCUGCGAUUACUCGUAAGUAAAUACUCACUCUUUUGACUGUUUUUCCGCAAUAAGUAAUCCCGGGCGCAACGUGAAGGCCUCGAAAUUGUAUAUUCGUUACAAGUUUAUCGAGGAGUGAAAUUGUACCCAAGUGUGCCUGUUCAGUCCCAUAUCCGCAGAUAGAACGAAAGGAACCUAAAAGAAAUCGAAAGUAAACGCAAAAAUGUGACUUAGGGAGAAGAAACGUUUGAAAGACCCUACGAAUGGAUCUUUCAUGUGCCCUAAGCGGAUGUUCUUGUUCAGAACAUGAAUUUGAAACAUGAACCUUCGCUCUUUCAUCGCCGUAUUUGACCGUCAUAUCAAGUAAAGACUUAUUGCACAGGUUGCCCUAAAAUUCGUAUUAAACAUGAACACGAGUUGACUUUGUUACGUAUAUAAGCAAAUAUUUAAAAGAAACUAUGCUUUUGAUCUUGAUUCGUGGAACAAUUUUUGAUAUCUACCCGAAACAUUGUAGAUCGUCGUUCGCGUAUUAAAUACGUCAUUUUCACGUUAAGAAAUUGUUUCGUACGUGUUAAUGUGCAUACAUUUUAGGCCAGCCUUUACUUAUAUCAUGGAGACAUGCGGAAGACAAUUUAGAAGCUCCCCAUGUACUUGCAAAUGUUAAAGCAAUUAUGGAAACACAAGCAUAUCCAUGUCUCAUAUCGGGCGAUGCAAGUUCACAUACGCGCUCGCCAAUCAAUCGAACCGAACGUGUCGGUAAACAUUCGAUAUCGAUACUUUCAUCGGGUAUAUUCCUUUCCGUUUUUUAGAGAUUAAUAAAUUUUAAUCAUGUCAAGAUGACCUCUUGAAUUAAAUUGUUACGUGUUAUUGCCAAAAUUGUAUGAUAGCAAAUGUUUUCUGUUCUCGAUUGAAGUUCAAUUAUUGUAACGAAUAAAUAAAUUAAAAAUGAUUUGUAGAAGGAUGAA